AUGUCAGGAAACGAGGCCACGAACAUCAGCUACACUGGAAAUGUCGCCGUCAUUGCGCAGAUUGUCAAGUGUGAUCGGGCUUCAGCCCACCUUUCGCCCACUUCAGCCUACGCUGCCCAACUAUCUUGGCUCACUAUCCCGGGACAUGUUCGCCAUGAUGUCGUCAAUCACCAAGUCAUCGUCGCCUUCACUCUUUACCGUGUCUUUUCACAGGAAAACUGCAUACGACGCCUACAUUACCAAAGUUUGGGACCGAGGCAGUCAUUACAAGUCAAACGGAAGAUAGUUGGAUACGAUUCAGCUGGUCCGCACCCCCGUCAAAUCAUGCACAGAUUCGAUGCGGGCGAAUUGGAUUCAUUCGGGCCGCCAACCGUGCCAAGCCAGCAGACAGCAAAGACCAAAAGUCACACAAUUCGCCUUGUCAUGCUUGACAACUUGGACGUUCCAGGCCACACUCUCAUCAAGAACUUCUUCCGCGAUCUCGGUCUCACUGGGCCUAGAUCGUGCACACAGUGA